AUGAACAGCCUCUUCUUUAAGUCCCCCAAGACCAUCCGUAUCCCUGGCAGCAGCACUGUGGGCAAUGGCUUUGAGUUGUGGGACAUUGGCUACUUCAGCACUGAGCGCAAUCUUGCCAAGAAGCUCAAGAAAAAUCCUUUUUAUCCCUUCUUUCGGCAGCAGGCUAAUGUGUAUGUGUUAGAAUACUACCAGGACACCUUGUGGAAGGGGAUUCUGCUUUUUUUGAUCUGCAUUGUACUCACAAGUCUUGGGAUGUUCAGGAAGGUGCACAAUCAGGAGACAUGGGGUUUCCCUGCUUACGGGGUUGGCAUUGGUUUGUGGCUCGCAAUCUCAUCAUUGCCGAGGCGCCGCCUAGUCUUGAACCAUACUCGUGGGAUGUACCACUUCUCCAUCCACGGCCGCACUGUCUGUCAAGGGCCCUUGCACCGCAUCUACAUCCGCCUUGCCCUUCGAUCUGAUGCCUACGGCAGGUGCUUCUUCCAGUUGGUCCUCUGUGGUUACAAGCUGGAGCCGCUGGUACUGGUUAAGCUGUCAGAGCACUAUGAGCAACUGGAAUUCCUGGGUCGCCAUAUUGCUCGUAAACUGAACAUCAACUACUUUGACUGCAUGGCUGUGUCCUACCGCCAUGUUGUCCGCCACUGGCCAUUGGGAUCUGUAUACAGCCCUGGAAUUAUUCCCCGCCAAAAGUUUUCCUAUGUACCCCGGCAUAGCCUUUAUCAGGAAGACAAUGUGAUGGCCUGA